AUGCUAAAAUCUUUAUUAUUAGUACUCCUUUUAGUUCUAGUCACUUUAUAAAAGCAUAUUGGAAAUCAAAUAGUCGAAUUAGAUGAAGUCAAUUACUAAGUUAUAAUUAAAGUAAUUGAUUCUUCAGGUUAUGCUUUAUCUGGAGUGAUUGUUAAUGUUAAGUACUUCUAUUUAUCAAUUUAGGAAUCUUAAUAAUAUUAUUGGAGAGAAAGAUCAAAUGACUGAUGGAACAGGUAUUGUAACAUUUACUGGAAAAAUCACAAAACAAACUUCUUACUAAAUUACAGCAAUUGCAUCAACUACUUUUAACGACAUUACAACAUCAGGUAAAAUAGAUGGGGUUGGAGAUUCAAAAAGCAUAAUUGUUUUUAAUGGCAAAUUACAAUUCCCAUAAUCUGAUGUAUAAGUUCAAGAUGUGUUUUAACGAGGAUUAAUAAUGGUAAAUAUCAAAUCUAAUUUCAGUUAAAAACCCAAUCAAACUCUAAACCUCUUCCUGGUGUAAAUGUAAAGUUUACAGCCAUUUACUCAGAAGAUAAAAAAACUAAAGAAAUAAAUUUCAAAGCAACAACUGAUGAAAAAGGGGAAUAGUAUGUUAGAUUUUUGUUGCCCUCUUAAAAGCCUGCAUUUAUUAUUUUGUACACAGCUUCAAAAAAUGAAUAUUGGAAUACUUUAUAAAUGAAUCAUAAUGCUUAAGAAUUUGCAUUAUCUCCGUAAAUAUUUUAACUAUAUUUAACCUAGUGUAAAGAAAUAUGAACUACCAAUAACAAUAAAUUUAGAUCCUGGUUAAUUCAAGUUUAUAAUUACAGCAUUAGUUUAAGACCAAACUUCUAAACCAUUAUCUGGGGCUAAAUUGUAAAUAGGAGGAAUGAACUUAGGAUCAAAUAAAGAACUAGAAUCACUUAAUGCAGCUAGUGGAACAGAUGGAAAGAUUAGUCUCACUUUGCCUUUAAAAGCUACUGAUAAGAUUCAUGUGAAGGAAUAAAUAACUAAAGAUGAAUAUAUUGGACAAAGUAAGGAAUUUGAUGAAUUAUUCGAUCUAAAUGUCAGAAAAGAAUAAUUCUCUCAUGAUUUAGGGAUUAUAAUAUUAUAAGAAGCAUCUGGAGAUUUAUAAGUAUGUUAAGUAGAUAUAUGAUUAGAUUUCUGGAAUUAUCACUGAUUCAUCAAAAUAAGUUUAGUUUGUAUAAGGAGCAACAAUUACAUUUACAAUUUUAGACAGCAUUGAACCUGUAUCAGCUAUUACAGAUGCUCAAGGUAAAUUCAAGGCUGAAAUCUAUGUACCUGCUAAUAAAGAUUUAUAAUUAAAAGCAACAGUAAAUGCUAAAGGAUUUAUGAAUAAAAUAACUGCUCCAAGAUAAAUUAAUGUGUCUUCUAAAUAACCUCUAUAGAUAAUUUUUGAUGUAGUUUUAGAUAGAACAAUAAAAAAUAUAAAAAUAAAAGAUAAACUACUUGAUCCAAGUGGUAAACCUAUUUAAAAUGCAAUUGUAAAAAUUGUUGAGAGUAAUCCAACAAUGCCAGAUAAGACUCUAUAUAAUAAGGAGAUUAUUGAUAAUGCAGAGUAAAUUAAUCUAAUUUAUAAAUAGUGGUUCAUUUGAAUAUCCAUUUAGUUGUUACGAAGAUAUAAAAUUUUAAGCAACAUUUGUAUUCCAAGUACCUUAAUUUGUACCUGUAACAUAUAAAACAGGAGAUUUAGAAUGUAAAGAUUAAGAUUUAGUGAAAUAUUCUAUGACAUUGUCAAAAUAGACAGCUAUUCUAUUAAUCAAAGGAUAAGUUAUAGAUGUGGAUUCAAAACCUAUGAAAGGAAUAGCUCUUAAGUUUAAGUCAGAUCCAGUAUUAGAUGUUCCUAAUCCUAACUUAAUUACUGAUGCAAAUGGUAAUUGGUAGAUUGAAAAGUUAACUGUUAUCCCUACAACAACUUAUAAAUUUACUAUUGAAUAUACUAAUGACAUCAAAUAAUUAGUAUAAGUAAUUUAGACAUUUACUCCUACGAUGGAUAAAGAGUAAACUUUCAACUUUCCAGUUAUUGGAUUUCAAAAAUAUGUUAAAGCUAAAAUUGCUGGAAAAAUAGUACCUGGAGAUGGCAAAGCAGCUAUUCCAUUGCCAUUAGUCAUUACUUGCGAUGGUAAAGGAAAAGAUGGGAAACCAAUUGUUAUAGAAACUACUACAAAAGAAGAUGGAUCAUAUUCAGUAGAUGUUGAAGUUUUAGUAGGAGCAGAUAAACCAUUAUCAUGUGUAGUUACAAAUGGCAAUAAUGGUAGUGGAGGUACUGGUGCAGGUAGUGGAAGUACAGGUACUGGUGCAGGUAGUGGAGGUACUGGAGGUACUGGUACAGGUGCAAGUAGUGAAGGUACUGGUAAUGGUGCAGGUAGUGGAAGUACAGGUACUGGUGCUGGUACAGGUAGUGGAAGUACUGGUAGUAAUAGUAGUACCAAUACUGCUUCACCUGUGCAACCAAUAAAAGUUGAUGUUAAAGUAUCUGCUCCCACUUGGAGUAGCAAUACAAAUAUUCCUGUAACUUAUAAUACUGUUGAUAUCAUAUUAAAAGGUGUUGUAAGUGAUAAAACUAAAACAAUAACUACAGUUGAAGGUGUUGAUAUUACUUUAAUAAUCACUCCUCAAGAUGUUUAUGUUUAAAAUCCAGGUAAACAUUUACUUGAGUCAUAUAUUUUAUUUAAAAGACAUUUUUAGGGUACUACUCAAUCACUAUUGUAAACAAAAUCAGGAAAAGAUGGGUCAUAUGAAUUUAAAUUUAAAGCUGUUUAAGCAUAUCCAUUAAAAUUUGAGAUUUAAGCAAAAAAGGACCCACUAUUUACUCCAUAUGAAAAGAAAGGAAUUGAAGAAAAAUGUUUAAAAUCAGAAACAUUGACUGAAAAUAUUGAAAUAGAUAGAAUUCGAAUGUUGACAAAAUUACAUUCUAUAUUAAGUGGUACUGAUAAAAAGCCAAUAAUUAAUGCAUCUGUUAAAAUGACAUCAUCUGAUCCAAUUAUGAAAGAUUCUAAAUAUUACAAUUUACCAGUUAAAGAUGAUGAUAAAGGAUCAUUCUUUUUGGAUUUUGAAUGUUAUAAAGAAUUUGAUUAUGUAGUUGAUUUAUAGAUAGAUGUACCUCAAUAUGUUCAAUAAAAUAUAAAGAGUUCCAAAUUUAAAUGUUCAUAAGCAUUAACUGAAUUAACUCCAAUUACUUUAAUUUUGGAGAAAAUAUAAAUUAAAGCUAUUCUAUCAGGUAAAGUUAUAGAUCCUCAUGGAGAUGGUGUACCUAACUUAUCAUUGAAUUUAAUAACAGAUCCUGAAAGUGCAAAUCUAGAAACUAAGACAUAAACAGAUGGAACAUGGACUAUAACUGAUCCUAAGAUAUAUCCUAAUACAGAAUAUAAAGCAAUAAUUACUUAUAUAGAUAUCAAUAAAUAAAAGUAAAAAAUUGAAUAGAAAUUCACAAUUCAAAGUGAUAACUAAAAAGUUCCAAUUCCAGAUAUUAAUUAUUAAAGUGUUGUGAAUGCAAAAAUAUAAGGAAAAAUAGAUUUAGAAAAAGGAACUUUAAGUUCACCAGUUAAAAUCAAUUUGACUUGUCCCAAAUUUAAAGAUUCAAAAGGGGCUGAUAUCAAUUAAGAUUUCUCAACUGAUAAUAAUGGAAAUUUUGAUAUUCCUUUAUAAAUAUUAGCUAAACAUGAUGAUAAAAUAGAAUGUAUUUUAAAAACUAAAGAUUCUCUAUAAGAAACUACAUAAAAAGUAGAAUUAGUAGCACCAAAAUUUUAAGUUUAAGGAGUUUCAAUAAAAUCUAAAUUAGUUACUACUACAUUUACAAUAUCAGGUAAAUUAAUUGAUAAUUAAAAAUUGGAAGAUAAAUUACCUGGUUUAAAAAUUACAUUAACAUUAAAACCAUCAGAUCCAAUAUCAAAUUAACCUAUUAUUAAUAAAAGUAUUAAUGAUGGAACAUAUUCUAUAAUUUUUGAAGUUGUAAGAGGUGUAAAUUAUGAAGCUACAAUCAACAUUGAUGCAUAACCGUAAUUUAAUAUUGUUAAUGAAAAAUUAUAAUUAAUUGGUAAAGAAGAUAAAUAAAGUAUUUCAAAGGAUAUUACUUUAAUAAGAUCUAUUAUAGAUUGUACUAUUAGUGGAUAAUUAGUUGAUAUGAAUUAAAAACCAAUUUCUAAUUCUAAAAUUGAAAUUUUAAGUUCAGACCCUCAAAUGACAAAUACUUAAUUAUAUAAUAAAUAUUCAGCUGCUCCUAAAGGAGAUUUCUAAUUACCAUUUUAAUGUUAUAAUUCAGUAUCCACUACUUUAAAAAUGGAUAUGGAAUCUGAUGUAUAUCCUAAAACUGCCUUAUCUCCUUAAGUAUUUACUUGUGGAGAAAAAGACCUUAAACUUAAACCAAUAGUAGUGUCUACAAAAUCUGUUUAAAUUACUGUUUCUGGUGUGUUGACAGAUAGUAGUGGAGUAACAAAAAAUGUAUAGAAUGCUCAAAUAGAAAUAAUACUAAAUCCUGCUGAUCCUUUAGCAUCAAAUUUGUAAACAAAAUCAGAUUUAAAUGGUAAAUAUUCAUUAAGUUUUGGUGCUGUCCAAGAUUAAAUUUAUACAGCUGUUAUUUCAAUAACUAAUUCAGACUUUAAUCCAUAUAAAUCUUCAAAUAUUCAGAUUAAAGCUGAUAAAGUAUAGAGUAUAUCUCAUGAUACAACAAUGGAUAGAAUCAUUCUUUAAGCAACUCUUACUUCAACAAUUACAGAUCCAUCAGGUAAAACACCUCCUGCUUCUACAUUGACAAUUGAAUCCUUAUAGCCUACUGUUAAAGGAAAUGAAAAAACUUAAAUAACAGGAAAAACUGAUUCCGCUGGAAAAUUUAGUUUAUAGGUUCCUUGUUAUAAAAAUGUGGAUGAGUCUUUUAUAUUAGAUGUUAAAGCUGAUAAAUAUAGAGAUGUAAAAUCUGAUAAGAUUUAAUUCUCAUGUUCUGGUCCAGCAAUAUCUUUACCUCCAGUGAAAAUUAAAUAUGAAUUAGCACCAACUAACACAAAAUUAACUGUGGGAGGAGAGAUUAUUGGACCUAAAGGUAAAGGUUAAUCAGGUGUGAAUGUUAAAUUAACUUCAGAUCCUGUUACUAAAGAAUUAGAAGCUAAAACUGGAUCAGAUGGUAAAUGGUCUAUAUUAGAUGAUUAAUUACAAUUUGAAACCAAAUAUCAAUUGACUGAAUCUUUUAAUGAUGCAAGUGGAUAAAAUCAUAAAGUUACAUAAGCCUUUUAAACAAAUAAUGAGAAAUCUGAAAUGACUUUCCCAAAAUAAUAUUUUGAUGAUUUUGUUCCAUUUGAAAUUGAUGGUAAAAUAACAUCUGAGGGAGGUAUAUUCCCAUCUAAUGUUCCAGUGAGUUUAUAGUGUGAUGCUUUUGGUGAAAAUAAAGUACCUAUUGAUCUUAAAACAAAUACAGAUUCUACAGGAGCAUAUUAAUUCAAAUGGAAGAUGUUAAUGAAUGCUAAUUCUAAUGUUGAUUGCUUACUUAUUUCACAUGAAACGGCAAAAUUUUAAUAAACAAAUAGUAGAUUCAAAAUAAAUCCCAAUAGUGAUGUUGUUAAGAUUACAAAUUAAGCUCAAGUAACAGAACAAUUCAAAGCAUAACUUACUAAAUAUUAUCAAUAUUCUAUUAUUAAUGGUGCAGUAAUUGCUGAAUUUGAUUGCAAUUCAAAAUUAGAAUGGAAAGGAUUAGAAGAAGUCAAUAUUAAACUUAAAUAAUGGAAUGGAAUUUCUUAUGCAGAUCUUAAAAUUGAAACAAAGAGUGACAAAGAUGGUCUCUUUGUUAUAAAACAUUAAAUCUUAAAAAGGUAUUUAUCUAUAUAUAUAUUGAAUAGUUAAAUUUAAAAUGAAAUGAGAUUAGAAUUUACUAAAUAAAAUUAUAUUCCAACUACAGCUGAGUUUAAUCUUUAUUCAUUUGAUCCUUAAUUAGAUGGAUCAUAUCUUAUCUAAUUAUCAAAUAUUAGGAUGGUCAAAAUUGGAUAGCCAGACAAAUGUCCAUCAAUUAAGAAAAAUAAACAUCAUCAAUGA